GAAAACCCCGUUGUGUCCGACCGAAGUGACAGAACAAGGGCAACCACCGGUCGACGGUAAGCAACGAUGAGUACCGCCAACAACAGCACAACCACCACGACCACGAGCGGUGGGAAUGAUGGCAGCAGUGGCGGAGCUGGAGGAAGCACCGGGAGCAGCAUCGAAGCGGAAUACAACGAAAUCGUAUCCCGGAGAGGUUGGCCAAUGGUAUUCCAGGAUAUUCGCGAGCGCAGCGACAUUCAGGCACGGGCGAAAAAGUUUUCCACCGACGAAUCGAAAAAGUUGGACAAUCGGCGACUGAAUCGUUACCGGGACGUGCUACCGUACGAUCAUUCCCGCGUAGCCCUGAAGCGUGGCGAAGGUGACUACAUUAACGCGAAUCUGGUGAAGAUGGAACGAGCUGGGCGGAAGUAUAUUCUCUGCCAGGGACCGCUUCCCCUAACGGUGGGCCACUUUUGGCUGAUGGUGUGGGAGCAUGAUUCGCAUGCCAUCCUAAUGCUUAACAAGCUGAUCGAACAAACGACCGUCAAAUGUCACCAGUACUGGCCGGCCAAGAUCGGCGAACAGCAUCGGCUCGAGCUGGCCGAUGUUCAGCUGUCGGUGGUACAUCUGAAGUGUGUGGAGUAUAAGAAUUUCUGCAAAAGAACUUUCAGACUGACGGACAUGGAGACGGGCAAAAGCCGCGAAGUGAUACAGUUUCACUACACGACUUGGCCGGAUUUUGGCAUCCCUAGCUCGCCGGUAGCAUUCCUGCAAUUUCUGAAGGAGGUACGCGACUCCGGGACGCUCGAUCGUGACGUUGGCCCACCGAUUAUCCACUGCAGUGCUGGUAUUGGGCGUUCCGGGACGUUUUGCUUGGUGGACUGCUGUCUUGUGCUGGUCGAUAAGGAGGGAGAGGAUCGGGUUUCGGUUCAGGAUGUGCUGCUCGAGUUGCGGCAGUAUCGAAUGGGACUGAUUCAAACACCGGAUCAACUGUACUUCUCGUAUCAGGCCAUCAUCGAAGGAAUGAAGCGUAUGAAUAACUCCUCGUUCGAGGAGUUUGAAGAGCUGUCCGUGGUGUCCUCGUCCAGCCAGCAGAACAGCGACCAGGAGGAUAACGAGGAUACACCACCGCCCCUACCGCCCCCUCGUACCCAUUCGCUCACGUCCAAACCGUUACCGGUCAUUCCGACGAGCGAGAGCGUACACGAGGAGUUCCUGCUCGGUAGCAGUAACGGGGGCGAUCGGGACAAGGUGAACAAUCUGGUAAAUCUGGAGAAGAGCAAGCAAUUUGAGAUGAGUGACGAAAACCAUCACCACCAUCAUCACAACAAUCAUCAUCAUAAGCGAAAUGACAGCAGCAACAACCACAACCAUCAUCACCAUCCGUACAGCAAUCGGCCAUUACCGCCGAUCGUGCGUGAUAGUUCGCUGUACAAGGUGAAUGAACUGGAUAGCGAUGGUGGUGGGGGUGGUAAUGGGGAUGGUAGCAGCGGUAGCGAUGGUAGCGAUUCCAACGCGAUGAGCAGCGAGGACGAGCUGAUCGAGGAGAACGAUAGCGAUAUCGGCGAGGAGGAAGAUGACGAUGAAGAUGAGCUGGAGGAGAAGAACCGCGGCACCAUUGGCCGAUCCGACGUUCCGUCCGAUAAUAGUGAUAACAUUAAAAGCUCCUUGCUGGACGAAAGCAGCAGCACGACAACGGCAACGACGACGACGACGACUACCGCCUCCAGUAGCGGUGGCACAUCGACGGGCAUAUCUAGCUCGACGUCGGUGUCUACCACCUCGUCCACCACAGCCAGUGCGAUCGGAUCGAACAAUUCGACGCUGGAAUCGACACGAGGUGGCAUUGACUCAAGCGAUCAGCACGCGUUUAACGCCAACUCGAGCCUACCACCGUUGCCGAACGGUGCGCUGGAUGAUGGUGAUGAUCCGGUAUCCAGCCCGGAGCGAGAACUGUCACCGAGCGCCGAACUGCGACGCCGCAAGCGUUUCGAGCGCCAGUCCGCGAUGGAAGAGAAGAUACGCGAGAUCAAGCGGAAGCGGAAAGAGGUCGAAAGCAAGGGAUCGCCGAAAAAGCGCAGGAAACAAAAAGAAGCAGAGAAAUGAUAUUUGGAAAUUCCCUGGAAGGUAUACUUUAUAUGUCACAUUUAAAGUAAUCCUUUUAUACACCCGACAUCAA